CAUUCUAGAGCAUGAAUGGGCUAUCAAAAUCAUUGAUGAAUCACAUCAUCUUCGUUGUUCAAAGAAAAAAUCUGAACCAGAAGAGAUAAAAGCAGUUCUUGAUGUUGCAGUGAAUAUCAAGCGUUUAAUUCUAUUGUCAGGGACUCCCUCUUUAUCAAGGUGCUAAUAGGCCAUAUGACAUAUUUCAUCAGAUAAAUAUGCUAUGGCCAGGUUUACUUGGAAAGACUAAAUAUGACUUUGCAAAGACUUACUAGUCUAUCAGACUUGUGCAAGGAUGCCGAGGGAAAGCUUUCUAUGAUUUCUCAAAGGGGACACGUUUGGAAGAAUUACAUAUGCUACUUAAGCAGACUGUUAUGAUACGACGCUUGAAGGAACAUGUACUUGUUCAGCUGCCUCCCAAGCGUCGCCAAAUCAUAAGACUGGUUUUAAAGAAAUCAGAUAUUGCUUAUGCAGUUGCUUUAACUGAAGUGUCAGGAGGCAAUGCUCCAACACCUGAUGGCAAUACGACAGAUGCUGAACAUGCUGUUGUGAACGCUCUUGAUGAAGAUGAAGACAAUAGUGGCAAUCAAGAUUGUUCCGUAAAGCUCUCUGAUCAAGCACUUGGCAUUGCAAAAUUGUCGGGAUUUUGUGAAUGGCUCUCCAUACAUCCAGUCAUCACAGAAAUAGAUGGAGAUGAAACAGUCAGUGCAAGUUGCAGUUCUCACAAAAUGAUAAUAUUUGCUCAUCGAUCAUAAGGUUCUUGAUGGAGUCCAGGAGUUUGUUUCUGAGAAAGGUAUAAGCUAUGUUCGUAUUGAUGGUCAUACACCUGCUUAUGAUAGGCAGUCUGCUAUUCAAUCCUUCCAGAGCUCAAAAGAGCUUAAGAUUGCAAUAAUUAGAAUACUUGCCGGUGGCUCGGGACUAAACCUGUCGGCUGCUCAAAAUGUUGUCUUUAUGGAACUGCCAAAGGAACCUGCACACAUGCAACAGGCUGAAGAUAGAGCUCAUAGACGCAGGCAAAAGAAUGCAGUCAACAUAUACAUCUUUUGUGCGAAGUAUUGUUUCUUCGUUAACUGUAGUUUGUUCUUUGCCUUUGUGUGCUUGUUGCUUUAUCUAUGCUCUCUCCCAUUCUCCUGUGAUCUUUUUAUCCGUUCAACUUGAUAUAAAUCUGUGGUCAACAAUUUUUGUCGAGGAAAAGCUGUGGUAAGGCACCUGAAUACUUUGAGGAUCUCUUCUGCUCUUUGGACUGUCAUGAAGAAUACAGACUAAGAAAAAGCCGUAGAUACAUGCGUGAGAGGCUUUUUGAAAUCGAGCAUGGUAUUUGCACGAAUUGUCAAUUAAACUGCCAUAAACUUGUGAAGCACAUAAGGCUUUUAUCACAUGAUAAGCGAGAAGAUCAUAUUAACAAAGUAGCUCCACAGAUCGCAAAGCGCAAAAAAUUUGCUCUCACGACUCAUGGAAGGUCUUUGCAGCAAGAUACUCUUUUGUUGGCAACACGAUGUUUUCCUAUUUCAUAUACUGAUGCCAUUUUUUGUGAAGUUUAAAAACCACUAGAAAACAUUUUCCUAUAUGUGGAUUCCUUUUUGGAAUGGAAAUUUUUCAUUAGGGUUUUCUUGCAUCAUGGAUGUUCAUGGGAACGAGUGAAUGUCAAGAAGUGGUAUUGACAGAUAUACUAAUUUUUUUUGUUUGUUUUUGGUUAAGAAACUUCAUGUGCUGUU